AUGUGCAGGAUGGGAAGUCCGCCAAAAGAAGGCAAAGAUAUUAACAUACGUAGCAUCGUUUACGACAAGUUGAGCAGAGAAAAGGAUAGUAUUAAGGAGAUCUUGCAAAAUGGGGCUAACAGUAUUAGUAAUACACAUUACAAUGAUGAGCAUCUAAGUGACUGCAGUAAUACUGGCAUCCAUAUGUACAAGAAGAGAAAUGAGGUAAUUUGUGAAAAUUAUAAAAAUAGUGCAAGUUGUAAUAAUUAUGAAAGCAUCCUUAACCCAGUCAGGAGUAGCCACAAUAACCGGAGCAAUUUAUACAGUCCAAUGGAAUAUGAAACUAGCACAGCUUUAUCCAAUGAAAAACGAGCUAGAGUUAUAUCAGUCAAGAGUUUAUAUAGCACAUUCCAUAAAACUAGUGAUAUAUUGUUAAAUGAAAAUGGACGAAUGGAAAGAACAGAAACAACAGAGAAAGAGGGAAAGGAAUACAUUGCAUGUUCAGGAAAUAAUCUACUUAAAGGAAAAGCAAAAUUACAAGCUGACCAUAAGAAUGAGAAUGAAAAUGAUAGUGCGAAUAAGAACGAGUAUGAAAAUGAUAGUGUGAAUAAGAAUGAGAAUGAAAAUGAUAAUGCGAAUAAGAAUGAGAAGGAUGUAGACCCAUAUUUUGCUCAACAGCAGAAUCAUAUACAGAACAACGAUUUUUUAAGAAAACAUGAAAAUUAUUAUAGCUCUUUGGCUCAAUCAAACGAGGAUAAAAACAGGAACAGGGGAAGUAAAAUUUGUGGUAAAAAAGGAGAUGAUGUAUUUAUGAAUUCCAUUAGAAGUGAUAAGGAAGAUGACAGUAAUGCAAACGAUUUGCAUCAGCGAAUUAGGAAUAGUAAGGAAUGCUCCCUUCUUUUGUCUUCAUGUGAUACCCUUCACAUAAACGAUAGGCGGAAAAACUUUACUCAUAAUGACGGAAAGGAAAGUCCAUUUAAAAAAAUCGAAAUGAAGAAGUACCACAAGGAGGAAAAUAAAAGCCGAAGGAAUACACAAAACUGUAGGGAUAUCAUAACCAAAGUCAGUGAACAUGAGAAAGAUCCAUCACACACAUUCACUCUAAAAGAAUUAGCGGAAAACGAAGAGAGGCAUUUAAUUUCAUCUAAUGUACCAAUGGAAAACACAAACAUCACUACUAAGGAAAACAUUAAGCUACACGAAUUUGAGCGCGAAAAAAUGCAGAAAAACAAACCAUAUAACGGUGUAGAUAAGGAGGUGCUAAACUAUUCUUUAGGUUCAAUGAUGGAUGAGAAGAAUAUUCCAAAUGAACGAAGAGAGAAGAAGUAUAAUUUCAUAUGUGAAGAGGAAGGUAAAAGAAUAUUUAAAAACAUCCCAUUAUGUGAACUAAAAGUAAUAUUAAGUGAAAAUGAACCAAAUACUUUAAAAAUUUUAUUAUGCACAGAUAAUCAUUUAGGCUAUAAAGAAAAUAAUGCUAUUCAAAAAGAGGAUACAUUUAACUCUUUUGAAGAAAUUUUAUUUAUUGCCAAAAAGUUAAAUGUUGAUAUGAUUUUAAACAGUGGUGAUCUAUUUCAUAAGAAUAAAUUAUCAGAGUACACUCUCUUUAAAACUAUGUCAACCAUAAGGAAGUAUUGUCAUGUUAGUCGGAAAGAUGUAGAAAUCGGGUCAAGUCCACCUACACGCUUAGCAAAUGGGGAAUCAAAAAAUAUGCCUUCGCGUGUUGAGGAAACACCAACAAAUAACGAUGAUCUAACACGAAAAGAUAAAUACAGAGCACGCUUGAAGGAAAUACGUAAUUAUAAUUAUGAAUACUACAAAGAAGACAAAAUGGAAGAAAGUUUUCCGAAAAAUGAAACUUACACAUAUGAUGAACAGAACUCAUUAGGUGAAAAUAAAAAAGAAAUGAGUACGGGAAGCAACAACAGUGAAUCACUCACUGAGGGUUAUAGCACUGUGGAGAAGCCAAAAAAAAAAAGAAUUUGCCCCUUGAAUAGUUACUCUGAGGGGGAAAAUAGCGCGGAGAGAAUCAACGACAGUAGCGAUGAGAGAUAUUGUGCGAAAAGGAGUGCAGUGAGUGAUAGAAACAGAGGUGCAAGAAUCCGUGGGAACAGCCAUGCAAGAAGUGAAGAAGAAUACUACGAUGAGGAAGAGCGCAAAGGAGGAGAACGCGCGCGCUCGGAGAGCAGAGUAAAACGGACUAGAGGAGAAUCACUGGAAAGCUUCAAAUUAUGUUCAGUGAACGAGAAAUUUGAAAAAUCGAUUCCCUUUUUCACGGUGCACGGAAACCAUGACUAUCCAUACAGUUAUGAUUACAUAUGCCCUCUAGACAUAUUAAAUAUAUCAAACCUAAUAAACUACAUUGGAAAGAAUAGUCUGAACAAAAUUGUAGUUAAACCUAUUCUUUUAAAUAAAAACAGUACGAAAAUUUCUAUAUAUGCUAUAGGUUGGAUAAAAGACGAAAGGUUAUAUAGAUCCUUUGAAAAUAAACAAGUAAAAUUUGUGUUGCCAUUAGAUUAUAAAAGAAGAAUAAACAUUUUAGUAUUACAUCAAAAUAGGUAUAUAAGAAAUUCAUAUGGAAAUAACACAAAAAAUUUUAUUAAAGAAUCAUUUAUUCCCAAAUUUAUGGAUUUAGUUAUAUGGGGACAUGAACAUUUCUCGAAACCUUAUUUAGAAGAAAGUUUAUUUAAUUCUUUUUAUAAUUUACAGCUAGGGUCCUCUGUUCGGACAUCCUUAUGUGCUAAUGAAUAUGGUGAUAAAUAUAUUGGUUUGCUUGAAAUAAAAAAAGAAAGAUUUCGUUUUUUAAAAAUAAAUCUUGAAACAGUUAGACCCUUUGAAAUGAAAGAUAUAAGAUUGUCUGAUUACAAUUUAAAUUUUAAAGAAGAAUCUAUUUUAAAUAAAUUUUUACAUGAACAAACAAGUCAAAUAUUGAACAAAAUUAAGGAAAAUUUUUAUGAACAAGUCAGAAAAUAUUACUUGUUCAGAAAAUUAUUUUUUCCCUCUAAUGACGAAGAUAAUUUGCUACAUGUUACAUAUGAAAAUAAGAAAAAAAGGAGUAAUCCUGAGGAGGCAAAUAUUCCAUUAUUUAAUGAGAAUAUAGAGAAGGAAAUUACAACAAACGAUAUUUUUGAAAAAUCUGAAAAGGAACGAGAAAAAUAUUUUUAUUCCAUUUUACGGGAACAGGAAAUAAAUAAUUUUUAUGACAAUUUAAAAAAUGAAGAUUUUUAUUCAAGCACAUUUAUCCAUUUGGCUUUUUCAGAUUAUAAUGACACAUUUGAUUUGUUAAAGAUAAAGAAGUAUGUAUAUGAUAAACCUCUCCUUAAACUAAAGGUCGAAUAUAAUGAAAUUAACAUAAUUAAUACGCAAUUGUUUGGAUCAACCUUUGCACACAGGAUUGCAAACCCGUCUGAAUUUUUAUCCUUCUACAAAAAGAAAUUAAAAAUGAAAGACACAAUAAAUACUCGAGUAAAUUCGGAUGAACAGGACAAUGUAGAUGAUAAAGAUAUUCUUAACAUGGAAUAUAUAAAUGAAUAUAACAAAGUUUUUGAUAUACUAUUUGAUUACUGUGAUGUUAAAAAUAAAUUACUUAUAUUGGAUCAAAAAAUAAUUAUGAACACUGUGCAGAAUUUUAUAUUAAACAAUAAUUCUUCUUUUAAUUCCGAUUCGAUUAACAGUUCAGAAUUUACUUCUUUUCUUUCCAUGGUUGAAAAUUUAUCAAAAAAUAAAAUAGACUUACUGGAGCUAAACUUAUCAAACAUUCCUGUGGAGAAUAUGACUGAUGAUUAUCUUGUGCAACUCACCGAAAAGUUAAGCAGUACGUAG